UCGCAUAUAUUUAGAAAAGAAAGGAAUUCCAUCUUCCUCUCUCUUUCUCUCUCUCUUCCUUCUCUGACUCAUUCCCCCCUUUCUCCUCCAGAGAAUCCGUUUCCUUCCUUCUGGAUCUCAAUCCAUCCCCUCAAGCGCUUUCAGUGCUGCUGCUGCUUUGCCAAGCGAUCGUCAGGAAGAAGGGGGCCCAGGGAAGGGGCUCGCUACUUUUGAAAAAUAAUCAGAUAUGCAGAGCCAGCUCGUUUGUAAUGGGUGUAGGAGCGUUCUUCUGUAUCCUGGAGGAGCGACAAAUGUUUGCUGUGCAUUAUGCAACACAGUGACACCAGUCCCUGGGACGGAAAUGGCUCAGCUUGUAUGUGCAGGAUGCAGGACAUUGCUAAUGUAUACACGCACGGCGACAAGUGUUAGAUGCUCUUGCUGCAGCACAGUGAACCUAGCACCAGUACCUACUCAGUAUGCCCAUGUCAAUUGUGGGAGCUGUCGGACAACACUCAUGUAUCCAUAUGGAGCUCCAUCUGUCAAAUGUGCAGUCUGUCAUUAUGUUACUAAUGUUGGUAUGGCCAAUGCAAGGCUUCCAAUUCCUAUGCACAGACCUAAUGGGACAGCCUACUCUGGAACAACACCCUCUACUUCAACGUCAAUGCCUUACUCUCAAAGCCAAACAGUUGUUGUUGAGAAUCCUAGGUCUUUUGAUGAAAGUGGCAAAUUGGUGAGCAAUGUGGUUGUUGGGGUCACAACAGACAAAAAGUAAUACAAUGACAUAUCAGGAACUAUUGCUGCUAGUUUUAUAUUGUAAGAAACAAUCCACGUCCAUCUCCCCACGUCCAUCUCUUGGGAGAUGGACGUGGAAAUUGUUUGUGUAUAUUUUGUUGAGAUUGGCAUCAGUACAAUAAUUUAAGAAACCAUUUCCAAUAUAAUGCUUGAGAGAAAUUUUAUGUGUGAUGUAUAUUAAGGGGAUAAGAAAAGUGGAGGUUGUUGUACUAGUCAUUUAUGAUUGUCAAUGUCAUAUUGAACCCAUUCUUUGCAACAUGUUUAGUAGUGAAUAUGCUGAUACAGUAUGUCUUCUUCAAAUGCAAAACAAUGUAUAAACAGGAUUUUUUUAGCCAUCCAAAUUUUGGGAUUAAGGCUUUGUUGUUGUUUGAUAAA